AUGGACCGAUCUGAUAUAGUAAUAAAACUUCAGCGCCAGUUAAAAGAAGCAGAGGAGGAGCGUAGUAAGGCUGCACAAUAUGGCCUUAAACUGCUGGAAAGCCAAAGUGAUCUUCAAAAUCAAUUAGAAGAACAACGCAAUGAAAUGACUCAUGUCAUUGAGAAUUUGGAACAGGAGAAAUAUUCUCUAAAUCGGGAAGUUGAACUUAAAAAUCACUUGCUGGAAAGCAUAAAUGUGGAGUGCGAAAAUGUAAAACAACAACAGAAGAUUUGCCUUGAACAACUGCAGGAACAAAUGGAGAGGAUACAUAAUCGGGAAGUUUGUGAACUAAAAGAAAAGAUGGAGAAGCUGAAAGCUGAAUUAGAUGAAGCAAGACUGAGUGAGAAACAGUCACAUCAAAAGUUAGACCAUCAGGCUGUGCUGUUGGCUAAUAAAUCUGAGGAACUUCGAAUGAUGUCUGAACGUGCUCAUGAAACAAUGUCUUCAGAAAUGAUUACAAUUCAGCUUGAGAUGCAUGCGCUAGAAAGUGCCAAGGCACAUUUGCAGGAAGAAGUGAAUGAACUGCAGUACAAAAAUGAACAACUUAUUCUGGCUAAUGAAAAUCUAAGUCGCCAGGUUGAACGUCUUCAAGUGGAGAAAGAAGAGCGAGAAAAGGAAGCAGUUAAUUACUUCAGUUCUUUAGAGAAAGCAUAUGAAGAAAAACGAGAACUACAGGUUCAGCUUGACCAAGCAUUGCAGCAGGCCCAAGACCCUAAUAGUAAAGGCAAUUCGCUGUUUGCUGAGGUUGAAGACCGCAGAGCAGAAAUGGAACGUCAGUUGAUUAGUAUGAAAGUUCAGUAUGAAUCCCUCAGAAACAACAUGCUUUUUCCAGGCAGCAAAUGCAUCGCAUGAAGGUGCAGAUUGCAACAUUGUUACAGUUGAAGGGAUCCCAGAUGGACCCUGACCAGAUGGAGAGAUUGCAAUCAAUGGUUGAACAAAAGAACAGUGAAAUAGAAAAACUCCUUGUAAAAGUGCGGCAUCUGGAAAAAAGUCAGCAAAAUUGUGAAAAUACAGCAAACAUUAAUACGCAUGUUGUCCUCCAGAGUGAUGACGUCUAUUAUGUGGAUUUACUGAAAAUGAAACUGGAGCAGUCCAGUAAAGAGAUGGAGAAGUUGAAGGAUGAAUUAUCCCUGCAAAGGAUGAAAGCAUUAGCAGAAAGCCAACGUGUGUUAGAACUUGAACGGAAGCUAUUUACAAAUGACAGGCAUCUUAAGCUUUCCAAGAGUGAAAACAUGAAACUACGUGUCAGCUUGGAUGAACUGAAAAUGAAAUACGAACCUGAUGUAAUAAUUAAAUUGCGGACACAGAAACGAAGAAGAGAACAGCUUCCAACUGAUGACCUUCCUGAACCUACAGGCAGUUUAAACUGUGAUCUCACCAGCAAUGCUGAUUUACCGCCUAACACAAUUCAAGAAAAAGAAAAUGCAAAACUCUCAAUGCAGAUUGACACUAAUCCCAUUCAAGAGACACCGUGUAUUAACCAAGACACAUCUUCUGGGUCAACAAGUCCAGAUAAGUCCUCCAGUGUUCCACAACAGCGGAAAAGAGUCAGAAUAGUGGAAGAUAGUAAAGGUACCCAAGCUGUAAGUGAAAAAGACGGCACGUUAAUCUCCAAAGCCAGGUCAGUGUGUUCUUUGGUUCUUGAACACUGCACUCAAGAAAGACCUACAUCUUCUUCUCUUUUUAUUCGCUUUGUGAGCUACAUUUUCCGCCUCUUCCUGUUUCUCUUAAGCUUUGCAUGG